AUGUCGAUUGUAUGGCAAUUUCAGGAGGGAUUAAGAAGUGCCUACAACUCUAUCCUCACCACCUACACCACCUUGGAGCACUCUGAUUGUGCCUUCAUGGUUGACAAUGAGGCCAUCUAUGACAUCUGUCUUGGAAACCUUGAUAUUGAGCUCCCAACCUACAUUAACCUUAACUGCCUUAUUAGCCAGAUUGUGUCCUCCAUUGCUCACUCUUCCCUCAGGUUUGAUGGAGCCUUGAAUGUUGAUCUGACCGAAUUCCAGACCAAUCUGGUAACUUAUCCCUGCAUCCACUUCCCUCUGGCCACAUAUGCCCCUGUCAUCCCUGCUGAGAAAGCCUACCAUGAACAACUUUCUGUAGCAGAGAUCACCAGUGCGUUCUUUGAGCCAGCCAACCAGAUGGUGAAAUGUGACCCUCACCAUGGUAAAUACAUGGCUUGCUGCCUGUUGCACUGUGGUGAUGUGGUCCCCAAAGAUGUCAAUGUUGCAUUGCCAUUAUCAAGACCAAGUGCAACAACGUUUGUGGACUGGUGUGCCACUGGCUUCAAAGUUGGCAUUAAUUAGCAGCCUCCCACUGUGGUACCUGGUGAAGACCUGGCCAAAGUACAGGAAGCUGUGUGCAUUCUGAGCAACACCAUGGCUAUUGCUGAGGCCUGGGCUGUCCUGGACCACAAGUUUGACCUGAUGUAUGCCAAGCGUGCCUUUGUCCACUGGUACGUGGGUGAGGGCAUGGAGGAAGGAGAGUUUUCUGAGGCCCUUGAGGACAUGGCUGCCCUUGAGAAGGAUUAUGAGGAGGUUGGUGUGGAUUCUGUUGAAGGAGAGGGUGAGGAAAAAGGAGAGAAAUACUAA